GAAGUGAAACGUGUUAUAUCAAUAGAUUGAAGAGUAUAAGCCUAUUUAUACAGAGUGAGCUUUACAUGAAGUGAAGUAAACGUGAAAACAGUUACUUAAUAGAUAAAAAUAAAUAUAUUGAAUGAACUGCAAUCCUGCAUCUAUUAUUUCAUGAGUUUGAAUUUGCUGGUCAUUGAGAUUUAAAAUACACCUCUGUAUUUUUUCCUGAACGCUUCAAAACAUAGCGGCAUUUCUUGCCUGAAUAGAAGUUGUGAUACCAUUUGAAGAUUGUUGUUGGCGCCGUAUCAAGUUCUAAAAAUAUUCUCCAAAAUUCAACUCCGCCUUUCGCGAGAAAAGAACUCUCAUAUUCAGUUGUCAAUUCGUUUUCAAUCAGUGCACAGUCGUUCAAGGAUUUUUUACUGUGAUUGAGUUAGUGAUAAUUUCCUGUUAUUGUUUGAGUACCAUGUAAAUCUAAAAAUAGUUGUAAGUGCAGAUGAUGUUCACUGCUUGAAAGUGAGAGCAAUUAUUUAUUAUGUUCAGGAACGUGAUAUUUUUAUUUUUCGCCGCUUCAAUCAAUGUUAUCAACAUUUAUGGUGAGGAACAUGAACCUGUUGAAAUACCAAUCGGUGGCUUGCUGCACUCCAUGAGUGAUGAAGACGAACUGAGUGCCAUCAAUGAUAAGGCCUUCCAUUAUGCAGUGGAUCUGGUCAACAAUGACCCGGACACGUUGGCUGAAUUCAAGCUCAGAGCACUCACACAACGAGUCAAGGAGCACAACAGCUUCAAUGUAGGCUCUAAAGUAUGUGAGCUUCUCUCGAAAGGCGUGGCUGGUAUAUUCGGACCGCAGUCACAGCUGAGCUCACUGCAUGUGCAGUCCAUUUGUGAUGCGAUGGAAAUUCCUCACAUAGAAAUGCGUUUCGACGCUCUGCAGCGACGUGGCUCUUGUUUGGUCAACCUCUAUCCACACCCAUCUGAACUUUCAAACGUCUAUGCAGACUUGGUGAGGAUGAGUCACUGGAAGAGUUUCACUGUCAUCUAUGAAGACAACGACGGCUUGAUGAGAUUGAACAAGCUGCUCACAUUUUAUGACAAGAAAGGCUAUCCAGUGACAGUGAGACAACUGUCGUCAGAUGAUAAUCACAGACCAAUACUUCGUAGAAUCAAAAACGCAGGUGAAAAGUUCAUUGUGCUAGACUGCUCUAUAGGAAAGCUGUUCUCAGUAUUGGAGCAGGCGAUGCAAGUUGGACUGAUGGGUGAUGACACCAACUAUAUUAUUACUAAUCUGGACAUGCAGACCAUCGAUUUGAGUCCUUUCAUGCAUGGUGGAACAAAUAUCACAGGUCUGAGGAUGUUUGAUCCCGAAGAUGAGGAAGUCAAAGAAGUUCUUGACAAUUGGAAAGAAUGUCCAAAAAAUUCGAAAGAUGGAGAGGAUUGUGCCCCAGUCAUUGGUCCUGAAUCACAGGUUCAUCUGGAGACAAUUCUGGUGAUGGAUGCUGUUUUCCUAUUUGCGGUGGCUCUCCAACACUUGAGCCACACCAUGGACUUCGCGGUCACCAGUCUCAAUUGCUCAGAAGAUCGCAGCUGGGAUCACGGCUACAGUAUCAUCAAUUUCAUGAAAGUGAGCGAACUGAAAGGUUUAUCGGGUUUGAUUAAAUUCGAUCAUCAAGGAUUUCGCACAAACUUCAAACUGGACAUUAUUGAGUUGACAUCGACUGGACUGAGGAAGAAGGGCUCUUGGAACACAACACAGGGAGUCAACCUCACUUCCAUCGCUCCGGGCUCUUCGGGCGAUCAGGGGGUCGAAGAUCUCAGGAAUAUGACAUUCAUUGUCCUCACUGCGCUUACACAUCCUUAUGGAAUGUUGAAGGAAACUAGUCAUAAAUUAACUGGUAAUGAAAGAUUUGAGGGAUUCGGCAUAGACCUUAUUCAUGAGCUGUCACUCAAGUGUGGCUUCAACUACACAUUUCGCCUGCAACCGGACAAGAGCAGUGGAAAUCCGAAUCCGAAAACAGGCAAAUGGAACGGCAUGAUUGGCGAAGUACUAGCUGGGAGAGCGGAUCUUGCAAUAGCUGACAUCACUAUAACAAGAGAGAGAGAACAGGAUGCUGACUUUACCAUGCCUUUUAUGAAUCUUGGUAUCAGUUUAUUGUACAAGAAACCCAUGAAAGAGCCACCAAGUUUAUUCUCAUUCCUGUCACCAUUCAGCUAUGAAGUUUGGGGAUAUAUGAUAGCAGCUUACAUAGGAGUAUCAAUUUUAUUAUUCUUCAUGGCAAGAAUCAGCCCUGCUGAAUGGACAAACCCAUAUCCAUGUAUCGAGGAACCGGACAAUUUGGAGAACCAGUUCAGCUUGAACAACUCGCUGUGGUUCACUAUUGGUUCACUUAUGCAGCAAGGAUCUGAAAUCGCACCAAUCGCUAUCUCGACCCGUAUGACUUCAGCCAUAUGGUGGUUCUUCACCCUGAUCAUGGUUUCAUCGUACACUGCCAACCUGGCCGCGUUCCUCACAGUCGAGAACACUUUCUCUCCAUUUAAGAACGUAGAAGAGCUAGCUAAUCAGCGGCUUAUUAAGUACGGAGCCAAGGCCGGAGGCUCUACUGCUAAUUUUUUUCGGGACUCGAACCAUUCCACCUAUCAGAAAAUGUGGCAAUUCAUGAAAGAAAAUCCAAGUGUGAUGACAAGCUCGAAUGAUGAGGGGGUGAGAAGAGUGAUCAACCCGGAUGAGGAUUAUGCUUUCCUUAUGGAAUCCACUUCUAUAGAAUAUGAAGUCGAGAGAAAAUGCGAACUCAGUCAGAUAGGAGGCCUGCUCGAUAAUAAAGGAUAUGGAAUAGUAAUGCGCAAAAAUUCGCCGUAUCGCAAUGCGUUGAGCACAAGUGUGAUCAGUUUGCAAGAAACAGGAAAAUUGACAAAAUUGAAAAACAAAUGGUGGAAAGAGAAACGUGGUGGAGGAGCCUGUCAGCAAAAAGACGACUCGGCGGGUGCCGCCAGUGAGCUGGGACUUGAGAACGUGGGAGGUGUGUUCGUGGUGCUUGUCUGUGGAGUGUUUGUCGCCUGCUUUGUCGCUCUUGGAGAACUAUUCUACGAUGUUAGUACAAAAGAAGAAAGGGGACCUUUGAGAGAAGAACUGAUGCAAGAAUUGAGGUUCAUAACAAGAUGUCGAGGAUCGACUAAACCAGUUCGCAAGGCAGGGGGUGAAGAGGAGGAAGACGAAGAAGAAGAUGAAGAAACCAACAAUGAUGUCACCUCUGAAAUGCCUUUGGGGCCUUUCUCCACACCCUACCGGUCGUUCGACACCAAUUCAAAACAGCCUCUUUAAUGUACAAUAUAUUCCAUCUAUAGUAUUGAAUUACUCAGUUGAACAUAUUUUAUUCUUAUCAGAAACUCAAUGUUGUAUUUAUGCAUUACACUCAUGUGUGGAUUGAGUUUUCAGCAAAAUGAUACGUAUGUUGGAAUUUUUAAUUUUACAAAAAAAUUGAAAAAUAAAAUACUUGAUUCAAUUAUUAUUAAUAAA